GGAAAGAUGCGUGAGCAACUUAGACUACAAAAAUACCAUACAUUCUCCUUCCAAUAUGCGUAAUACAUCAUGUAGGCAUGCAGGGUUUGACCAAAGCUUACAGAUUGGAGAGAACAAGAUUUGUAUGAAAUUCCGAAUGAGUAAGGAUCUUCAGCAAUCUGUAUCAAUUCAACCUAGUGACUAG